AUGCAAGCAGCUCCCAAUGGCAUGUGGCUGGCCACAGACGACGAUGAUGGCCGCGGUGGCUUUGAGGGCCACGACCACAACCCGUUGGGAGCAGACAGCGACUCCAUGCUGCACAGCGACCCGGCCAACUGCACCGUCAUGUGCCCCACGCUCAUGCAGUCGCCUCAGCAGUGGCCCCUCUGGGUCGUCAGGUUCGCUGAUCGGUUACGGAAGGAGUUGAGAGAGAUUGCGCCCCCAGCUGUGGAGAUUAACAUUGUUGACGACCCGAACAGACACCUCGCCGUAUGGACAGGCGGGUCUGUUGUUGCGUCGAGCAAAGGCUUCAACUUCCACUGGAUCUCACGUGACGAGUACAGGGAAUAUGGCGUGGACUUGCUGCACUCCACCAGGUGACGGCACCGCAUGUGACAGACAAUGCAACGCAUUACACAACAAUGGC